ACCACUUCAAUUCCAAAUACACUACACUACGAUGGAUGAACCCAAUCAAAAAGACCAUCAAAGCAGCACAGAACCAUCGACUUCCAUCAAUUCUUCAACUUCUACUAUCACAGAUCUAGAUCCAACUCACCAACCCACCCCGAAUCAAAGUACUACGAUACCAGAUCAAACUCAAUCGCAACCCGAUUCUAAUUCGAACUCAUUGGAUCAAGAACUUAAUGAAAUUAAAAAAACUUUAGGAGGGAUGAGUGCUUCGUUAGGUGGAUGGUGGGGAAAAGUAUCAAAACAAUCAGUUGAAGCAUUAAACGGAACAUCAAUCGGAGCUCAAAUCAAUAAUGUCAAAAAAGACAUAGCAUCCUUAAACAUACUAGAAAAAGCUAAAAAAGAAGUCGAAAGGAUUGGAGAACAAGCCAAAGAGAGUUAUGCAGUAGUUCAACAUGAGUUAGAGAAUGGAGGGAGUGAUUUAAAGGAUGGAAAUCAUAGGAUGGUUACCGUUGAUGGGUUAGAGUUGAUCAUUCAGGAUGAUGAUUUAGAGGAAAAAGAAAAAGGAAAAGGAAAAGAUUAUGUGGGUGAUCAAGAACGUACAAAGGAAACUGAGGGAGGAGGGGAAGGUGAUAGGAUGGUAGAUCCAAAAGAUGAAGAUCAACACUCAAGUAACACCUCACCUAAACUUCAAAAUAAUCUGUUCGACCCAACAAGCAUCAGUUCUUUUUUUUCGAAAUUAUCAAAAGAUAGUGAAAAGUUAACUUCUUCAAUCCAAAGCACUUUAUCAAACUUACCCAAAACAUCAAUCCAAUUACCUAAAACGACCUUGAACGGAAGCUCAUUCGAUCUAAGUGAAGUUCAAAGACUUGCAGAAGGGUAUUUGAACAAAGGUGAAAGUUAUUUACAAGAUGUGGGAAAAGAGUUAAGGGAUUUGGUUAAUGAAGCUGUCAAAGUGAUUCCUCCAGCUGAAGAUGAUCAUCAAAGUGUUUCUACUAAUGAUUUGAAAACGGGUCAAGAGGUUCGAAGUUUGGAUACCAAGAGAGAAACGUCGAUUGCGAGAUUGAGAAGGGACGAAUCAGUCUUACUGGUAGAUCCCUUGGUCGAAUCGAAGGAUAGGUUUCAGGAGUUUUGUAUAUCGGUGGAUCAGGCUGGUGGGGUGUUGGGUGAAGCUUGGAAAAAGAAAAUUCUAGAACAGUGGGAUGGAGAAUUGAACCCAGAUUAUGAGACUUUGAAGACUGUUUUUGAGAAGAUCGUGCCUAGUUUGAUUUCUGAAGAAGUUUUUUGGAGUCGAUAUUUUUUUAGAUUACAUGAAAUCGAUCAAGAAGAAGCGGCUCGUAGAUUAGUCUUAGGUGCAGCACAAGAACAUCAAGAAGGAGAUUUUUCAUGGGAUAUGGAAGAAGAUGAAAGUGAAGGUGAAGGUGAAGAAAAGAAACCUGAAGAAGAGAUCCGAUCGAUGACACCUAAAGCUAAACCGACUUCAUCUAAACUAGAAUCUGAUUCACCAUCACCAAUACAACAACAAGUGAAUCCUUCGAAACCUAAUGUUGGUAGUGGUAGGAACUCGAGUGAAGGAACUACGGAAAGUUUUGAUUUGAUUAGUUCAAACCUUUCACAACCUAGUGGGGAUGAUGAAACUUUAUUGAUUCAAAAAGAUCAUGAUGGAAAAGAUGGAAAAGAUGUGAAAGAUGUGAAAGAGAAGGUUGAAGAAGAUGAAGAUUCAGAUUGGGAAUAAGGAUUGAAAAGUUGAAUGGUUAUGGGUUUUUUCUUUGGAUCAUGUUUAUCAGAAUCAUGGGUUGUUUGUUUACAUCAUUUUUUUUAAAUAUCUCUGUGUACAAUUAGUCAUUUUUUUUAUAUCUUACGAUUUUUUUUUUUCAUAUACUUUAAGGUUUCUUUUUUGUUGUCUUUGAUGAUCAGAAAUUCGAAAUGAACACUUUUUUUAGUGAUUUGUUUUGGGGCGG